AUGUAUUUUCCAGGUGACUCCAGGAACUUCCGCACAGGAUUUGGCUUUAUCUCCCGGGACGAUCUGCCAAGCACUUCCGGACGUGGAGACGUCUUUCUCCAUUUUUCGGAUUUGGAGGCUGGCGUAACAAGUGGUGAUCUUGCAGUGGGCAUGCGUAUGAAGUUUAAAUGGGAGGCCUCUCGUGAUUCGCGCGGACCUGGCGGCCGCGCUCGCAUGGUUUCCUUUGAGGACCACAGCUCCCCAGCAUCUGUGACAACGCCUCCGCGCCGUGCUGCUCGCACGGGCCGUGUGUAUCGCAAGGAUCUUUUCCUGGCUGUGCAGCAGCAGUUGCAAACUGCCGGGGAAUAUGAAGAGCGCAGGCCAUUUGGCACACGCUCACUUCUUGGUCCCUUGCCUUCGAAGAUCGUGUUCCCUUUUACCAUCCAGCUGCCACAGUGGUAUUGGGACGCUGAAGAUGAGCGUGCUUUAGCGGAAGCCAAUGACGCCCAGCGAGUCCAGAUGAUGGAAGCACGUUUGGACACUUGGCGAGUUGCAUAA